AUGUCCAAAAGUAAAUUAGUUGCCCCUACACUUAUUUCUCAUGGAAUGUCAAUAGUAACAGAAUUAAAUGGUCGAAACUUUACUGUAUGUGUUUUUAAAGGUAGCCAAGGUCAGCCAAGAUAUGUUUGUGAAUCAGGUGAAUAUGUUAGUAAAGAAGAGGACUUUAUAAGUAGUGCCCUUAAUCCUUUAUAUCAGGAAAUUUUUAAAAAUAAAGCCAAAUUUUCUGGAGUGUGUGAAUUUGGUCUAGAUAAUUCUUUAUUAUUAGAGAAACUUUUAGAUGGU